AUGUUGCCUCCCGAGUCUGAUAUGGAAAUCGAGCGCACUCAUUCGGAUGGUAGCGGUGUGGAAGAGGCAUUGGAGCCGCCGGUCGAGACUGAGUUCGGGUCAUCUGGAAGUGACAGUAUAAUGGGUGAAAAUGAGCAGAGUCUUCCUGACAUGGAACCGUCUGUAGCAGAUGAACUCGAGCACCUUGAACCCAUUCGGGAGGAGCCAAGUUUCAGUGCAAAUGAAGAAUCGGAAGGUCAUGCUGAGUUAGGAUUUGAGGACGAGCAGCCACGACGAGGGAGUGAAGAGAGUAUAGCUGGGAGGGAGUCCCUGGAAGAUGCCAACAUGGAAGAGCAUGCAAGCGAACAAGAUGACGGCAGUGCUUCGAGGCAGCGAUUGAGGAUGGCACGAACACGGUUUUUAUGA